CAGGUUUUUCCGAUUCGCGUGUCUGGUCACGCUGCUUGCGAGUUUUUGCGGAGCGGAGAGUGCUGUGUGUUGAAAACGAAAUCGAGAAGGAAAGACAAACAUUUCAUUUUCAUUCCACUCAAUAUUCAAGCGGAAAACAACUCGUAGUCAGAUUAACAAUUGGUAGUAAGAACACACAAAAGCGGCAAACAAUGCCUUCGGCUGCUACCACAAUCACCAACAACAAUAACAAGGAGAAACGCGCCUCGGUCAGCUCAAUUGGUGGUGGCGGCGGAGCAGGCGUGGGUGGUGUCGUCGGCGGCGGAGUCACCAAUGGACCGCAGCAGCAGCAUUCGAGUCAAAGCAAUUUGGCUGAAAAAUCACAGGCAGCUGGUAGUCAAACCGAUUUGACCAACAACAACAAUAAUGGCAAGUUAACAAAGAGUGCUGCCGCUGCCUUAAACGCUACCGCCACCGCUGCCAUUUCGGAACCGUAUAAUCCGCUCAAGCAAAUGCUGGUCACCAUUGAGCAUAAGAUACGCAAUCUGGAGAAGCGUAAGACCAAAUUGGAAUCGUAUCGCGCCAUUCAGUCCAGCGGUAAGGAAUUAACCUCCGAUCAGGCUUUAGCUGUUGCCAAGUAUGAUGCCGUUUUGGCCAAUUUGGAUUUCGCUCGCGAAAUGGCCAAAAAUAUGCAAUUGCAAUCCAAAGAGGUCGAAAAGGAGCAAAAGAAGCAGGCCCGCAAGGAUAAUCAAGCCAAGACGCUAGCUGAGACGGCCAAGAUUCGUGAAGUCUUGAUCUUGCAAAAUGUUCUGCAAUGUUUAAGCGAUGAACAAGUGCGGACCGAUUUUCUGAAUGGCGAAAAUGGAGCUACCAAGUUGGAGUCCGGUGAUCUGGAAACGUUGGAAAAAUUCUGCUGUGACACUCAACUUCGUCGCCCGGAAGCUGUUGAUGAUGGGAACUUCAAUGCCAAUGCACAGAAAUCGGCCGAAUUGUUUGUCAUGACGCUUAAUGCCCGAGCCAAGCCGUAUGGUGAUGUGACCUUUGAAAAGUUACGUCUGAUCUUCCAACAGGUACAGGACUGCGGUUAUUUGGACAAGUAUUAUCUAGUGCCGGAGCACGGCAAUGUGACGGCCAUGGCGAAUAGCACAGAUAGUGGCACGGGAACGGGCACGGGCUUGGAAAGCGGCGAAAAUAUUGAGCCGAAUGAUAAUGCCGUUGAUCUCGAAAUGGAAGUUCAUUCAGAGCCAUCGGCUGAAAAUUCCAUUGAAGAGGGCUUGGACAAAUUGAAUUUAGGUCAACAGCAGCAGCAGCAGGUAGUCGAUGUGGAUCCGCCACAGCAACACGAUCGUUUGCCUGCUCCUCAAUUACUGGCCGUGGAUCAUCAGUUGCAGCAAUUGGUGGUGCCGCCGCAGGUUUUCAAUGCCGCUGCUGGUGGAGGAGCAGCUAACGCUGCACAGCAGGUUACUGCUGGCGGUGGUGGUGGGGGCGCCGGGGGCAAUGGUACGAACACGACACCAGUUCAUGUUUUAUAUGCCCCAGCGCCACCUCAAAGUCAUCCCCAUCAGCUUAUAAGUAGUACCGUGAAUCUCCAAGCCAUGCAGGGAGUUGGCGGAGCACCAGCACCGCCACCAGGGGUACCUCCACCACAACAAUUGUUGCCAGUGCGAGCUGUGGAGCAGAAUUACUUUAAACAACCCCAGCAGUCGGCAGUUCCACCACCCCCACAACAACAACAACAACAAUUCAUGCAACAAUUACGUCCUUUGGCCGAAGUUCUUGGUGCCGGCACCUUUCAUUUUCUGCAGGACAGCGAAUUGGAUAAUCCCGAAGUGUCACUGCCGCCGCCAGGGACCAAUCCAAAUUUGAUGUUUGAACAACAACAGCAGCAGCAUCAGCAACCACAACAAAAUCAUGUAGAGGAUCAACAAUCACAGCCGCCACCGCAGCAACAGCAGCAGCCACAGGCCAUACAAUCGCUGACCUUCACUAAUCAAUCGUUUCCCAAGCCCCCCCAGCAGCAACAACAACAACAGCAGGGACCGCCAACUGCUUCCAAUCCCAAUCAACAGCAACUCUUUUCGCCGGUUUUGAUUCAUGAGCAGCAGCAGCAGCAGCGUCAACAACAGCAGCAACAACAACAACCAAUGCUUAUAAUGACACGGUUACCGCCCCAGCAACAACAGAAACAACAGCAACAGGCGCCGCCACCACCUCAGGGGAUUGGAAUGCAACCUGGAGAUGUUACCGCAGCCUUUCCCUAUGACAACUCUGUGGUAGUCAGCUACGAGCAGCAGUUGCAACAGCAAUUGAAGCAACAACAAAAGCCCCAGCAAUCAUUGCCCGUCGAGGAGCAAUCCUCGGCUGCUGGAGCUGCAUCUGUUGCUACUGGUGCUGGUGGCGAUGAAUGGCAUAGUAAUACGAAUGCUGCAGCCACAGCUGCUCUCAAUAGUGUGCUAAAGAGCCAACAACAGCAGCAGCAUCAGCAACAACAACAGCAGCAGCAGCAAAAACAACAGCAGUCUCCGUCAGAAACUGUUGUCAGCAACAAAUGGAGCUCAGAGAUGAAUUCCUCAUCAGCCAGCUCGAAUGGCAACAAAGAGUGGGCGCCACCGCGUGAUCAUAGCACAGAGAAUGAAUCGAAUCAUUGGAAUAACUCGCAGUCCCAAGACGGAGUCGGUGCCGCACGCCGGAAUUCGGGCAAUUACCAGCGUCGCAGUGGUGGAGGCGAUGAGCGACGAGAUGGUGGUGGUCGAAAUGGCGGUGUGGGCGGCGGUAACUAUCGAUCCCGUCAGUACGGCAAUUCGGCCAAUCAAAAUGGACGUACCGGAGGCGGAAACUCUGGUGGAGCCGGCAGUGGCGUUUAUUUCCGUAAUAAUGAGACCGGCAAUGGCGGUGGCAACAGUUAUUACCAAAACGGCAGCGGUGGUAAUGGCGGUGUUGUCUACAACAAGGAGUCGCGAUACGAAUCCUCCGGCGGUGGCGGCGGCGGUGGUCCCUAUCGUGGCCAACGUGGCGGUAACCAGCAGAGGAAUGGCAACGGUUCAUACGGUGGUGGCAGACCAAUGAACGAUCGCGGGCGUAACGGUGGUCCUAGUGGUGGUGGUGGCGGCGGAGGCAGCGGCGGCUAUAUCCCACGUCAAACCCAACAGCAGCGUCUUCCUCUUGGAUUGGAGAACAAAAACUGAUUUGAGAGGACGAUAGAAGAAAUCUUGUAUUAAAUAUACAUAUAAAAACUUAUUCAUACAACACAAAAAACAAGUAAAAUCCAUACAGAAAAGAAACGGAGCAAAGAAGGAUCAUCCCACAACUCACUCACACACACAUACACAACACACACACACACACACAUAUAUACGCAUGAAACGUAGACGUACAAUUUACAUUUACGUGUAAACUCUCCAAAAAGAAAAAAAAGGAAGAAAAAACAAAACGGGAAAACCUAAAGUAGGAGAAUCCUAGAAGAUGAAUGAAAAGAUAGGGGAAAGAACAAAA